AUGAUCAAUUCCGUUGCUCUUCUGGCUCUUGCCAGCCCGGCCUUUGCCGGUAUCAUGCAGGCUCGUGGCGAGGACUUCAUCCGUCCCGCCGCUCAGAGCUCUGCUGCUGUUGCUACCCCUGCCCAGGCUGAGGGCUGGGGCGAGAGCUGGUCCAAGCCGGCCGAGCAGUCUUCGACCUACGAGUCCUGGAGCAAGUCCACUGAGUCGUCUGAGUCGUGGACAAGCCCGUGCACCACCUCGACCAGCCCGGUGCCCGAGCAUAGCACCACCACCCGGGUGCACUCUACCACCACCACCCCGGUGCACAGUCACUCCACCUCUACCCCGGUGUACAGCACCACUACCCCGUGCACCACCUCGACCACCCCGGUGCCCGAGCAUAGCACCACCAUCCCGGUGCACAGCAGCAACAGCACCACCCCGUGCACUACUUCGACCACCCCGGUCCCUGAGUAUAGCACCACCAUCCCGGUGCACAGCAGCAACACCACCACCCCGUGCACCACCUCGACCACCCCGGUGCCCGAGCAUAGCACCACCAUCCCGGUGCACAGCAGCAACAGCACCACCCCGUGCACUACUUCGACCACCCCGGUGCCCGAGCAUAGCACCACCAUCCCGGUGCAUAACACCACCACCCCGGUGUAUAGCACCACUAUCCCGGUGCACAGCAACACCACUACCCCGUGCACUACCUCGACCACCCCGGUGCCCGAGCAUAGCACCACCAUCCCGGUGCACAACACCACCACCCCGGUGUAUAGCACCACUAUCCCGGUGCACAGCAACACCACUACCCCGUGCACUACGUCGACCACCCCGGUGCCCGAGCAUAGCACCACCAUCCCGGUGCACAACACCACCACCCCGGUGUAUAGCACCACCGUCCCGGUGUACAGCAAUACCACCACCCCGUACACCACCUCGACCACCCCGGUGCCCGAGCACAGCACCACCACCUGGGCCAACGGAACCACUACUGUGCCCGAGCAGACCACCAAGCCUCACUUCCCUGUGAAGCCUGGCACCACCAAGACCCUCACUUAUGUGACCACCACCUGCCCUACUUACUCGUCUACCAUCACCUCUGGCUCUAAGACCUGGACUGUGCCCGUCACCGGAACAAGCACCAUCACCAUCACCAAGACCACCGUGUGCACCUUGUGCGAUGAGAAGCCUUUGACCUUCUACAACUCCACUGUGCCUGCCACUGCAGGCCCCACCGCAGGCCCCACUGCUCCCGUUGUGCCGACCACCGUGGUUCCCGUUGUCCCUGGCGAGACUCACCCCGCUGUUCCCGUUGUCCCUGGCGAGACUCACCCCGCUGUUCCCGUUGUUCCUGGCGAGACUCACCCCGCUGUCCCCGGCGAGACACAGCCCGCAGUCCCUGUUGUCCCUGUUGUCCCUGGCGAGACUCACCCCGCUGUCCCCGGCGAGACCCAGCCUGCUACCCCUGUUGUCCCUGUUGUUCCCGGUGAGACUCAGCCCGCUGUCCCCGUUGUCCCCGGCGAGACCCAGCCCGCUGUCCCCGUUGUCCCCGGCGAGACCCAGCCCGCUGUCCCCGUUGUUCCUGGUGAGACUCACCCUGCUGUUCCCGGCGAGACCCAGCCCGCUGUCCCCGUUGUCCCUGGCGAGACUCAGCCCGCUGUCCCCGGCGAGACCCAGCCCGCUACCCCCGUUGUCCCCGCUGUUCCCGGCGAGACCCAGCCUGCUGUCCCCGUUGUCCCUGGUGAGACUCAGCCCGCUGUCCCCGUUGUCCCUGGUGAGACUCAGCCUGCUGUCCCCGCUGUUCCCGGCGAGACCCAGCCCGCUGUCCCCGUUGUCCCUGGUGAGACUCAGCCCGCUGUCCCCGUUGUCCCUGGUGAGACUCAGCCCGCUGUCCCCGUUGUCCCUGGUGAGACUCAGCCUGCUGUCCCCGCUGUUCCCGGCGAGACCCAGCCCGCUGUCCCUGUUGUUCCUGGCGAGACCCAGCCCGCUGUUCCUGCUGUUCCUGGCCAGACCCAGCCCGCUGUCCCCGUUGUUCCUGGCGAGACCCAGCCCGCUGUUCCUGCUGUUCCUGGCCAGACCCAGCCCGCUGUCCCUGCUGUUCCCGGCGAGACCCAGCCCGCUGUUCCUGCUGUUCCUGGCCAGACCCAGCCCGCUGUCCCCGCUGUUCCUGGACAGUCCCAGCCCGCUGUCCCCGCCGUCCCUGCUAAGUCCCAGCCCGCUGCCCAGCCCUCCGGCUCUCCUACCCCCUCCGCCCCGGAGGCGCCCUCUACCCCUGAGCAGCACGGCGCCUCUCCCUCCGCUGGUGAGUUCACCGGUGCUGCCUCCAGCGUCAAGCCCGUUGCUGGCUUCCUUGCUGGUGUUGUUGCCCUCAUGGCUCUCCUGUAA